GACCAACAAGCAAGCGCUAUGCAUCUGCAAGCGUGCUUCGCGGCUCUGUACGGACAACGAAAUAUGAAACUGCAACCCGGGUUUUCUUCGGCACUUUGCGUAUUGUAUGCGUCAAGCAGCCUUCGGCUUCAUAAACUGCUUGGGGGGUUUACACCUAGUCUCCUAAAGUGCCAACCUUGCAACGAGUUGGCCCGAGUUCCUACGAACUUGACGGUGUGUUGAGCACCAGUCUACAGGACCGAGAGCAUCUUCUGCGACACGCCAGCUGCGGUCACCGAUUUUCCUCUGUUGGCCAGGCAGCGUGGCCGAGUUUUCUUUUUAUUUAAAUGUAAAGUUUGCUCUCCUUGCCAAUAAGUCAGUUUGUGUACCGAAAAUAAGCAUAACUAAUCAGGGGUGCUCCUUUUUACAACGCGCUUCUAAAGUACGAGCGCGAAAGACGACAAAAGUGGGGAAAAUGACCUUGGACGCGUGCAUUUCCUGUUUUUGCCGACCACAAAAGGCACAUCCAUCAUCCGUCCCUACGGGUUUUUCUCGAUACACAAGUAUAUAGCCAUCGAAGACAAUGAAGGGACCCCAUCGCCGUUCCGUACACAACGUGAAAUUCGUUUACAUAAUCGCAAUGGACGUUUGCCGGACACGUAGAAGUUUCAUCCUGUUACCUUGGCACGACUCACGCGCUCGGAUCUUUUGCUUUUCCAUGCUUCGCAAACCGGUUCCACGAACGCGAGCAACGAUCGAGUCGCUGCGUCGAUAAAGGAACGGACAGGAGAUCGAAGUGGACUUGUUCUCCAACCUCUCCAGUGACGAGAGCUUCACAGCGCCGAAGUGAAAAAUGACAACCUUCAGACAUGUCAUUCUGUUUUGCGUCGUUGGUUUCGCAAGUUUCCAGGCUGUCUUGUCUGCAACGCCUCUGAAAGAAUUUUUUGAGAAAAAUCACAAGAGCCCCAUACUGACGUAUCAGUGCUACCGCAAUGGAACAAGUCUCGAGCCGGAGGAGGCAAGGGACGUCAGAGUGCAAUGGGACGGAGUAGGACAGCCAGAUGUCAAAGCGGACUGCGUGCUUUCCUACUCCCUCGGAGAGAGCCAAGACAGAAACACCGCAACUGUUCAUGCAGAAUACCUUCCAGAAAAAGACAGAGUAGUCCUGACGCUCAAAGACACGACUGUAGAACUUGCCCUCCUUACAUUCCCUCACGACGGAAAAGCACUCUACUUCAAGCAGAAGCCCACAGGCACUACGAGUGUCAGCUACAAGAUCUACGACACGGAGAAGUCCUGCGACAACGCCCGAGCCCUGUACCACCGGGUCUGUCCGAAGGGCUGCAACAUGAUCUACACCAAAAAGUGAAGCGCCAUCCAACGCGAAAGCCAACGUUUGGCAGCUCGCAUCGCACGAAAUGUAUCCCGUAAAUAAAGGUUCUCUGCAAAUAUAA